UGUGAAGCGGUGGGGGCAGCCUGACCCCCAGCCGAAAAAAAAAAAAAAAAGCUUUGUGAAAGUUUCCCCGACAGAGGGGUAGAGAGCCAGAGUGAGCGCGGAGGAGAAGCAGUCAGGAUCCAAUUUAGAGGAGAGACACUAGGAGGGGAAAGCAAGUCAGACAGUGAGGAAGAGGGAGAAAGCAGGAGGUGAAAGAGAGGGUUUACGCCCAGGGAAGUCAUGGCUGUGCAGCGUAGGGCAACUUUUCUCCCGGCUGGAUUAUACUUAAGGAAGCUCACUGGUCUGUAGCAACAGCAGCAGCAGCAUCACUCUGCCCGUCACCAUGCCAUCUGUCUCUCUAAGCCUGCCAGCAGCUCUGGCGGGACCUGCACGCACCUGGGUCUGCCUGUCCUGCAUGUUCUGGCCAGAGGAGUUGGAGGCUCUUCAUUCCCAUACGUUCAGGGUGAAGACUUUCAAGAAGGCCAAGCACUGCAGCGUUUGUAAGCAGACCAUCAGCCAAGACGGACUCAUCUGCCGAGUGUGCCGAGUAGCCUGCCACAAGAAAUGUGAAGUCAAGGUGUCUUCAUCUUGUGUUCCCGCAACUAACUAUGAGCUGGCACCGAGCAGUGACCUCCCUCUCAAACAUGUAGACACCAUGGGCUCAACAAAGUCUUCAAAGAGCAUGGAGUCCCGGCGCAGACCAUCCAGGAGUGUGAGUCUGCUGCAGGCCCUGGAGGAGAGCUACGAGUUGGACCUGAUCUACAUCACAGAGAGAAUCAUCUCCGUCUCCUUCCCCAGCAGCGUGGAGGAGCAGAGCUAUGCUGCCAACCUGCGGGAGGUCGCCUCCAUGCUGCGCUCCAAACACGGCCACAAUUACCUGCUGUUCAACCUCAGUGAGAAGCGCUAUGACAUCAGCCAACUUAAUCCAAAGGUGUUGGACUUUGGCUGGCCUGACCACCAUGCUCCUGCUCUAGACAAAAUCUGCAGCAUCUGCAAGGCCAUGGACACCUGGCUGAGUGCAGACAGCCACAACGUGGUGGUCAUACACAACAAGGGUAACCGAGGCAGGACUGGAGUGGUGGUGGCAGCCUACAUGCAUUAUAGCAACAUAUCUGCCAGUGCUGACCAGGCUCUGGACAGGUUUGCCAUGAAGCGAUUCUAUGAAGACAAAGUGCUUCCUGUAGGACAGCCGUCUCAGAAAAGGUAUGUUGAGUACUUCAGUGGCUUGCUCUCCGGACACAUCAAGAUCAACAACAAACCCCUGUUCCUUCACCACGUCAUCAUGCACGGCAUCCCCAACUUCGAGUCUAAAGGAGGUUGUCGUCCUUUUUUGAAAAUCUACCAGGCCAUGCAGCCCGUGUACACAUCUGGCAUCUAUAAUGUUCAGGGUGACAGCCAGACCAGCAUCUGUAUCACCAUCGAGCCCGGUCUUCUUCUGAAAGGGGACAUCCUGCUCAAGUGCUACCACAAGCGCUACCGCAGCCCGUGCCGAGACGUGAUAUUCCGGGUGCAGUUUCACACCUGCGCUGUCCAUGACCUGGGGAUUGUCUUUGGGAAGGACGAGCUUGAUGAGACAUUUAAAGAUGACAGGUUCCCAGAAUAUGGAAAAGUGGAGUUUAUUUUCUCUUUCGGACCAGAGAAAAUACAUGGUCAAGGUGUGGAUCAGCUGGAAAAUGGGCCGAGCGUCUCGGUGGACUACAACACGCAAGAUCCUCUGAUCCGCUGGGACUCGUACGAAAACUUCAAUCAGACCUGCGAGGACACCACAGACGAAGUCAUCCAUACUGAAGGGCCCCUAGACGGCAGCCUCUACGCCAAAGUUCGUAAAAAGGAGUCAGUUGAAGGAUCAGUCACGGCGAAUGGCCUUCCACCCACUGCUGCUGAACAUGCCCUACCUGCGGUUGACCAUGCCUUGUCAGUGAGCAGCGACUCAGGAAAUUCUACUGCCUCCAUCAAAACAGACCGAACUGAUGACGCAGCAGCAGCCCCUCAGACCUCCACAGUGAGCCAGGCACACGUCCCUGUGGCUGAGGAUCUACCCCCAGUCCAUCACCACGCCCCACCUGCACAACAGCCAAUCAGUCCCCAAGAGAAACAGGAGCUGGAGCAGCUGCUGAGUGGCUUGGAAGGGCCCAUGCAUCGACAGGGCUACCUGUCCACCCCAACCUCUGCUGUUGGAGGCAUGCUUCACCUGGUACCUGCCCAGGUCCAUGUCAAUGGGCACAGUAGCAUUGACCGUGAGACGGAUAUUUUAGACGAUGAACUGCCUACCAGUCAAGAGGGCAACAGUGUGGACAGUCUAGGGACGUUCUCUUCCACGGAUGGUCGGGCUACACCAGCUGAUCUUUACUACCAGCCCGAGCCACUCAUCAAUGGCCAGGAUCAUGUGCCGUAUCUGGAGCGCAGUGUCCCAGAAAAGCCUCUGGAAAGUGUCCAUCAGGUUGGCAUGUCCAACAAACCUGUCACUUUGACGCAAAGUGAUUCAGCCCCAUCCACGGGUAAUUACAUAGCUACCCAGAAUGGCAAUUUGUACCGCUCUCAGUCAUUUGGUGCAGAGCCAAACUCUAUGCCACAAGCACCCGCCCGCACCACCAGUAGCAGGGAGGCCGUCCAGCGUGGUCUCAAUGUUUGGCAGCAGUUUGGAGUACCAGAGGAGCCAGUAACUGAAGGCCUGACUUUUAGUCCACCUCCUUCUGUGGCAGUGAUGCCCAGCCACCACAGCCUCCCACAAUUCCCUCACCGCCACAGCGCCUCCCAGCAAGAAAUUGAGCAAUCCAUUGAAACCCUUAAUCUCCUCAUGUUGGACCUGGAACCAGGCCGCUCGCUGGUUCCAAAGUCCCAAAGUGCUCCACUGCGGGAAAACAGUGCUGUAGUGACCACCCAGCCGUCCUUCUCUCAGAGCCAACCCAGGCCUUCCUCCCAGGCCGAUGCUGCCAUUCGCACUCACUUUUCUGGCCCCACGUCCAGUCUGGCCAGCCACUCGUUCCCGGCUCAGAUGUCACCUGGAAAGCCCAGUACACCAGAGCCUGCAUCUGUCCAGGGAUCUGUGAGUUACACAUCUGAAAGAGCUGGGACGAGUCCUUCCUCACAAGCCGCCCCUGCUGCAGCUGGUCACUUCCAGGUCAAGCCUGUCAACAGCUACCCACCAAGCACAUUGUCCCAGUCUGCAGAGGUCUCUGAGCCCCAGAGAAGCCCUAGUGCUGCUUCAGCAUCACCCCAGCCUAAAGAGAGCGAGCAAGAUGAAGUCUUCAACGUUGAAGGUCUGGUGGCUCAAAGAGUAGCUGAAUACUCGGCUCGCGUCCAAAGUGUCACCCCCAGCAUGACCUCUUCUCAGUCUGAGCACCGCCGCUCUCACUCCUUCCCGGGUGUUCAGGCCCGCACAGUGUCCUUAGACGAGCCUGCGACUUUGCCCCGUCACCGUAUCGUCAGCGACGGCCAGUACCAGAAUGGUCCAGACAAUGAACCCUCCCCCGAUGUCCCACUUCGCUCCCCCGUCCGCUGUGUUUCUCCAGAGUUUGUCAACGCCAUAGCGAUGAACCCCGGAGGACGGCCUAAAGAGAGACACAUGCACAGCUACCGUGAGGCCUUCGAGGAGAUGGAGGGUGGCCCCAUCAGUCCUACACCCAUAGUUGGUGGUGAGGUGUUUCCCCAAACCCCUGCCUUCCCCAUCUCGCCGCAAACCCCUUACUUCAACCUGUGUCGCUCACCUCCUGGUCUUGCCAAGACUCCACUGUCAGCUCUGGGUUUGAAGCCCCACAACCCAGCAGAGAUCCUCCUCAAUCAAACAGGCUCAGCACCAAGAAGCUAUGUAGAGUCUGUGGCGAGGUCUGCAGCGACAGGUGGAGAGCAGCCCGCAUCCCCUCGGAGCCUCAGCCCACCCGGGGAGACUACAGUCCAGCAGAGAAGUCCAAGUCCUUCGUCCCACACACUGAACCCUCCUUUGUCCAGCAGCAGCCCCAUCCAGAGCUCACAGGGGGAUCACCCCUUACCAGAGAGCAGCAUUAGCACUCCGUCCCAACCCACUACUGAUUCGGGCUUCCGCUCCCAGGCUACAGAGAGUACCUACCCCACCCCCACCCCCUCAUAUCAAGCCCUGAAUACACCCACUUCUUCCUACCUAGACUCCAGCUCUCCAACCUCUUCCUACCUUGGCACUACUACUCCUACACUGUCCUACCUUGGCCCAAACACCCACCUGGGGAGUUCUGCGGCCUCAGAUCCCAGCCCGCCCACCUCAGAACCCUCCCAGACGACGCUCAGACACGGCAGUCCCCUCGCACAGCACCGGACCAACAUCCUCGGCUCCACAUACAACCCCCUCCUCCAGCAGCGCUCUGGUGUUAAUCAGGACGGGGGCCAGCCGUUAUCUCCAGCUGAUGGCUUUGACGUGGCGGGUCUCGGUGGCAGUCCCAUCCUUGGUCGUCGUCCGUCUCAGGGAGCUCAGAGCAGCCCAGUCCUCAGCAGACAGGCCUCUUUGGGACAGGGGUCACAGCAGAGCCCAGUCCUCAGCAGGCAGCCGUCCCUGGGUCAGCCCAUGCAGAGCAGCCCGGUGCUCAGCCGACAGCCAUGUGUCACAAACACGCAAGGAAGUCCAGUUUUGGGCCGACACCCAUCUGUAUCGCAGGUUUCCCAGAGAAGCCCCAGUCUGGACCGCCACCCCAUGCACAGCGGGUACACAACACCAGAUGAGAGACACGGGAACCUGUCAAGACAGAGCAGCUCCUCAGGCUACCAGGGACCUCCCACUCCGUCCUUCCCCAUCUCUCCUGCUGGCUUUCAAGAUGGGGGGAUGAUGGGUGUAGGGUUCCGGCAGGGCAGCCCAGCUCCAGGUUUCCAGCCCCAGCUGCCAGAGAAGAGGCGCAUGUCGAGUGGUGACAGACCAAACGGAGCACUGUCCUAUGGCACCCUCAAUGGAAAGAUAAUGUCCCCGAUGAGUGGAGGAGGAGGCACUCCCAGCUACUUUCACACCCUCUCUGACUUCUCCAGGUUCAAUAUGCCCGAUGGAAGUCCUGAGAGCAGACUGAAUGUCAAGUUUGUCCAAGACACGUCCAAGUUCUGGUACAAGCCAGAAAUUUCCAGGGAGCAAGCUAUCAGUCUGCUGAGAGAGAGGGAGCCCGGAGCCUUUGUUAUCCGGGACAGUCACUCGUUCAGGGGGGCGUACGGCUUGGCCAUGAAGGUGGCCUCUCCUCCACCCUCAGUGCAUCAGAACAAGAAAGCUGCAGGUGACAUCACCAACGAGCUGGUGAGGCACUUUCUGAUUGAGAGCAGCCCUAAAGGAGUGAAGCUGAAGGGUUGUCCCAACGAGCCUUACUUUGGCUGUCUGUCUGCCUUGGUGUACCAACAUGCCAUCACGCCACUGGCCCUACCCUGCAAACUACUUAUCCCUGCCACAGAUCUCCUCGAAGAAGGACCAGAAGUCUCUGCACCAAAUCCACUGGCUGAGAGGCUGAAACAAGGAGCAGUGCAGAGGGCCCCUGCUGAUUCCCAUGCAUGCAAUGUGCUCUACAUCAACUCAGUGGAGAUGGAGUCCCUGACGGGCCCUCAGGCUGUUGCUAAGGCCAUAUCUGAGACACUGGCUGCCACUUCUCCAGCUACUGCCACCAUUGUGCACUUCAAGGUGUCUUCACAAGGCAUCACGCUGACCGACAACCAGAGGAAGCUUUUCUUCCGACGCCACUAUCCUACCAACACUGUCACGUUCUGCGACACUGACCCUCAGGACAGGAAGUGGAACAAACCUGAGGGAGGCACAGCCAAGCUGUUUGGGUUCGUGGCGCGUAAGCAGGGAAGCACAACGGACAACGUCAGCCACCUCUUUGCUGAGAUGGACCCUGACCAGCCUGCCAGCGCCAUUGUCAACUUUGUCUCCAAGAUGAUAUCCUCGCAGAAACGAUGAGAGCCGUCAGCAAACCCUGGCGCUUUUUUAAAAAUGCCUUUGGUUAUUUUCUUUCUUUUUAACCACAGACACUUCCUUUCUGUUUUGGACAAUUUAGCAUUUGGUUUUACGCGUCACCUUAUUUUUUAUUUUCCUGCUCUUUUACAUUUUGCGUGUGUGUCUGUGUAUGAAAGAGAAGCGAGACAGAGUGUGUGGUGUAAUUGUGCGCGUGUGUGCGGCUCGCAUGCAUGUGCUUUUCUUCUUGGACGGACUCUAGAAUGGACCAGAGGAAGUGCAGGAUGGGGGCGUGGCUGUGUGUGACAAUAGGACGGGAGGUGAUUUGGAUCUCCCUGGCAGGGUAACGCAUGAACAGGAAGAGGGAAUGACGUUGUGUGUGCAAAUGUUAUUUUUUAAGCAAUUGUUUCAUUUUGUAAUUUUUUUUUUAAAAGAAGAAGUCAAGUUGUGCGAUGUAAAAGUGGAUUGUAAAUCUAUCAGGCUUUUGACUGGUCAACCAAAGAUUUUAAAAAAGUAGUCAGGGCGUGUAUAGUGUGCCACUGUCGGAGGGUCGGAGUAUUCUUUUGUAAAACAAAUAUGGCUGCUUAAUCAAAAAAUACUGAACUGUUUCUUUCUGUAUGUACUGAUACUGUAGGUCAACUCUGCAACGUUGCCAUUUUGCAAACAGAGUUUCCGGACUUUGUUGCAGAUGGUGAGGUCUUUGUAAAUAUUCUAGAUUGCUUUAUGAGUAGGACUGUUAUAGAUGACAUUUGGUGCCUGACUUUCUUUUGUAAUGCAGAGCUUUUUAAGAAAAAGAAGAACAUAAACUCUUUCAGGCUGUCUUAAAUAUGCAAAUAGCCAAACUUGGACAUAAGGUUGUUCUCCAAAAUGCCAUCGGUCCUUCCCUGUUUGAUGUAGUAGUGUCGCUAAAGAUGCUGCAGGUGUUAGUCCUCUCAAGUGCAGCUAGAGUCUGAGGAUAUACAACAGUUUUCAUGUGUAUUUACGGUAUCAAGGUGACCACACAAAAGCAUCAGCAAAACCCCUUUUCCACUGUAUAAAAAUGCCACUAACACCCCCUAUACUGUCAAAUCUGACAAGUUGAUUUCACUCAACAACAAAAAAAGUCUCAGAAAGUGAUUUAAAAAAUGUAAGUAAUUAUAACUAUUAAUCUUAAUUUGUGUUGACAUUAAUGUAAUUGCAAAGUUUACUAAAUUUUUUGUCGUAUUUAGUCAAUUGUGUGAAGUUGUUGCAGCUUAAAUAUGGUAAAUUUAAUUAAAUCAAUCUUUCCGAGAUUUAGCAAAUUCAGUAAACCAGGUUUACUUUUAUAUGUCUGCUGGUUGCAAACUAGUUAGUCAUAUUUGUAUAUUCUUAAACAUGCUAACAGAACAAAAAUUGCAAAUCUCCAAACUUCAUCAUUGGCAACAAUCUCUUUGUCAUGAUCAAGUUUAGUCAAACUAACUUUAUUUACUUAAGUUGCUUACACUUAGAAAGAGCAAGGUAAUUUCAAUUGUCAUUUUUAAGUUGCAACAACUUUACAAAAUUCAGGAAAUACAGCUAAAUUUUUCAUAAACUUAACAAUUAGAUAUUAAGUAAACACUAAUUAAGAUUAAUUCCUAUAUUUAGUUUAUUUUUUUAAGGCAACCAGUUUCCAAGAUCAUUUUUUAAGAAAGAUCAACUUGUCAGAUUUU